AGCUCCAGGAGUCUCGGCGGGCUUGAGACCGCGGGACCUGGGAGGCGUGAGGAGAGGGGUCAUGUCCCCUUUGCACCGAGGCAGGGCUGAGGGUGCGUGGGAUGGGUCAAAGGAGCCCUUGGGACCCCCCGCGGCCUCCCCACUACUGCGGCCCACUGUCCAUGAACAGGGUCCCGCGGCGGCUGCACAGGCGCAGAUGGGCCCGGCACAGGCACCAGUGACUUUCAAGGACGUGGUCGUGACCUUCACCCAGGAGGAGUGGGAAUUACUGGACCUGCCACAGAGGACACUGUACUGGAGGGUGAUGAGGGAGACCUGUGGGCUCCUGCUCUCGCUGGGUGAUGAAGCAAAAACCAGGACCACGGAGCCUUCUGCUUCUCAGUCAGCCGUGUUUGAGGGAUGCUUAUCCCACAGGUUACCGACUCAGGAAGACUCCGGUGUUUCCAUGCUGGGAGAGGCCAGGGAACAAGAAGAACCAUCCAAAAAACAGGGAGGGCCCGUGAAGACAGGGAUAGUCCCGUUCAAGGAGACUCUCCCUGGAGAGAUGAACCCCGAGUGUGGUCAUUGGGGAACAGGUGAAAAUCUGUGUACAAAGGACUUACAGGAGCAAGUCUCUGCAGGAGAUGCUCUCCAUGAGUAUGAAUCACGUGGAUCAAGGAAAGACCCCUCGAUUCAUGGAGGGAAGAACUCGUACAAGUGCAAGGAAUGCGGAAAAGGGUUUAAGAAGAAUCGCUUCCUUCUCCAGCAUCAGUGGAUUCACACUAAAGUAAAACACUAUACAUGCAAAAAGUGCGGGAAGGCCUUUCUCGGGAAGGCAGAGCUCACUGGACACUACAGCGUUCACAUGGAGAAGAAGCUCUAUGAGUGCAUCAGGUGUGAGAAGGCCUUCAGCCGCAGGUCACACCUCACAGAGCACCAGCGGGUUCACACUGGGGAGAAGCCCUUUGUGUGCAUGGAGUGCAGGAAGACCUUCAGCCGCAGGUCACACCUCACAGAGCACCGGCGGAUUCACAGCGGAGAGAAGCCGUAUAUGUGCAGCGAAUGCGGAAAGGCCUUUGCCCGCCACUCUGAUUUUAUUCGGCAUAACAGAACCCACACUGGAGAAAAGCCCUUUGAGUGCAAAGAGUGUGGGAAGGCCUUUUGUAACAGCUUUUCUGUAACUCGACACAUGACAUGUCAUUCUCAGGAGAAGCUCUAUGAGUGCAGCGAGUGCGGAAAGACCUACGGCUACCGCUCGACCCUCGCUACUCAUCAAAAGAUCCACAGUGGAGUAAAAUCCUAUAAGUGUAAGAGAUGUGGGAAGGCCUUUUACCGGAAGACGGGCCUCAGUCAACAUCAGAGAACUCACACUGAGUUCCGAAAGAGACCUUUUUAAAGUGACGACUGUGGCGGAUCGUUUGACCGGGAGAGCGUUACUUGGCUUGGCAUCUGAGAGUUUGUACCCGAGGCUUCCCUGCGUACGUGUCCUCCUUCGUGUGCACGGCUCCUGCUGGGGCUACGGCAUUACCUUUACCUGUGGCUGAGCCCUGGCACUUCAGAGACCGGAGGCCAGGCUCCCAAACACGACUUGGUUCUUAGGAGAGGGACCUUCUUCCCACACGUGAGAGUGCUUUGCUGUCACGUGGCCUGCAAAGAGGCCUGGGCCUGUUUGUCCCAAAGCACAAGUGAUGUGCUUUGCAGUGGACAGAGGGCCCUCUCCCUUCAUUGUCCACAUCUCCCCCUGGAACUUUAUGUGUUCACAGGGGCCUGCUGUGGAAUGGGCAGGAGUCACGAGAACCCUAUCCUUCACGCCCAUUAUCCUGCACGGUGCCUGGUGUCGUGGAGAUACAUGGGUGACUGAGACGUGGGCCUUGCUGUCUAGAAGGGAGACACGCGUGAUAACACAGAGGUGUAGAGGUGUAGUUUGGCCACUCUGAUGCUGUGGCAGCAAUGUGCCUGUGGUCCCCAUGUGGCAAUGAAGAUCAAGGUCAAAACUUUGGCAAGGAGGGCAGAUGUCCUUUGGGAAGAGUGGUCCAGUGGUGAAGGUUUUGGACCCUCGGGAUACUGGAAUUCGAGCACUUCCGAGCUGUGUCCAUCGCCAUCUGGGUGACCUUGGUUAUGUCAUCUCCCCACACGCCUCUUGUUACAAAAGUGGGGAGAUCCAUGUUAAACUGUGAAGCAUGGGCAGAGGAGCAGACAGUAUACAAAGGUGAGAUCACACAUACCCAUGAGGAAUGGAGGAGCCCCAGCCAUGUUCGAAGAUGAGGAAGAAUGUUGUGGUAAAGGGAACAGCAUGUGCCAAGACCCUGAGGCAGGGGAGAGUUGGCCUUGUUAGUGGAAGCAGCUGAAGGCCAGUGUGUCCGGAGGAAAUGAGUGGUGGACAGUGAGAUGGAAGAACAGGGGCGGAUGCGGUGUUGGCGGGCUGAGGAAGGGAUUCACCACGGCAGUGGCAUGUUCUUGCUUCUGAGUUCCCCCUUGGCUGCUGUGUAGAGAGCGAAUUGAAGAAGGGAGAAUUGAUGUGGGAGAGAGACGAGGCCACCAUGUAACCCAGGAGUUCGUUGGCGUUGCCUGACCCAGGAUGGUGGCAUUGGAAUUGGUGGGGAGAGGAUGACUUGGGAUGUGUUAGGAGGCAGAGCGCACAGGACAUGUGCAUCAUUGGGAUGAUGAAUGAGCCCCGAGGAAUGACUUUCCCUCCUCGAUCCUCAAGAGGAAGCCCUCUGCGUCCAUGGAAUGUGACGUGGGGCCUGUCCUCGUGUUCUGGUCUUCAGUCAGUACCUAGUGUGUUGAGUGAGCAGGUGAAGCUGAAGACUCCCUUUCUCAGACAGAAAACUGGCAGGACUCCUUGUCCCCAUGAUGGUCACAUGGGCGGUGAAUUUACCAUGACCUUUUUUCUCUGGUGGAGAGGGGCCCUAGGUACGUAGAUUUGCACAGGAAGCCGUGCAGGGCAGGGAUGACGCCUGCCUCUCCAUGCAGUGCUUCUUACCAGUGGCCAGGGCUCAGGGCCAUUCAGGAAUUUGGGGGGUUCUCAGUUUCCUCCUCUGUAAAUGGGGAUCUAAUAAGCCUCAGCCUCGGUAUCUGUGAAACAAGAGUGUUGACUGAUGCACUUCACCAGGUGGUUGUUCAGGUUAAAGGAUAGUGUGAAGUACCUGGUGUCAGCUUUGCGGGUGUUCUUAAAUGUUCACGGUUGUUAAAAUUGUUUUCACUGAAGUGUUACCCCUUUGUGCCACCCUAUUCUUUUCUCAUCGGGAGAUGUGCUGAUGGGAUUUGCUGGUAAAAAUAUACUUCAGGUCCCGAGAACAUCUCAGCUAAUUUUAGGCCUUAAGAAACUUGUUCAUAGAUUCUGGUGAACCUCGGCAUGAGGUCUUGAUUCCCCACCAACCAAAUCCAGGACAGUGUUCGCCCCCUGGUUUCUUUUCUUGGUGGAGAUGGGGUGGCUGAGGAUGCCACAGAAUGUUAGUUUUGCUUUAAUGGAAAUUCAAAACUUGCACUUGAAAUUUAUGGGUGAAAAUUAAGUACCUUGUGAAGGGAGGUUUGAACCAUCUAAAAGUACUGACUAAUGGGGCACCCGGCUGGCUCAGUUGGAAGAGCAUGCAAAUAUUGAUCCCGGGGUCCUGAGUUCAAGCCCCACAUUGGGUGUAGAGAUCACUUAAAUAAAUAA